AAUUAAUUUUUUGUUUCAGAUCUAAGAUGAUUUAAUAAAUAAUAUUAAAAUAUUUUAUUCCACUGACCAGGCUUUUUUAUAAAAGGCUCAAAUUUAAUAACUUUGAUGCAAUCGCACACAAGUGUUCAUUGAAAGACGAAAAUGCGUAUUCGCAAAAAAGCCGCAAUUCUUGGAACCAGUUUCCUUGUCGGAGGAUUCCUUUUCAUUUAUUUACUAUUGGAGGAACCACAGCCAAAUCUUGAUGGAGCUCCUCAGGUUCAGAAAGCUGAUUUUGGUAAUCUGGAGCAGAAACUUAAAAAUUUAGAGUCGGACCUGGAACAGAACGCGAAUAUAAUCUCGGAUCUCAAGGUUGCAGUCAAGAAUAUUGUGAGUGCUAACAAGAAGAACAAGAUUAAAACAGGAGAAGUUCAUGUGAAUAAAACCCUUGCCUCCGUGAACAGAUUAGAUGGAGUAUUUGCCCAGACCCAACCCUCGACCUGUGAUAUUCAGAUGGAAAAGGUUUAUGAUAAAUUAGAAUUUGACAAUCCCGAUGGCGGAGUCUGGAAGCAAGGCUGGGAUAUUAACUAUAAAGAGGAUCAAUGGGAUAAUGAUCCAUUACAGGUGUUCAUUGUUCCGCAUUCUCACAACGAUCCUGGAUGGAUUAAAACAUUUGAAAGUUAUUACAAAGAUCAAACUAAUAAGAUUUUGUCGAUGAUGGUGAAGAAACUAGUUGAGUUUCCUACAAUGAAGUUUAUUUGGGCGGAAAUAUCUUACCUUUCUCUGUGGUGGGCGGAGCAAAAUCCAGAGGUGCGAAGUACAGUCCAUCGUCUGCUAGAAGAGGAGAGGUUGGAGAUUGUUACUGGAGGCUGGGUUAUGCCAGACGAGGCCAGUACUCAUUAUACAGCUAUGCUGGAGCAGCUUAUUCAUGGACAUGAGUGGUGUCAUCAGAAUCUUCAAGGUUACCAACCUAACAGUGGUUGGUCGAUAGAUCCUUUUGGAAUGUCUCCAACUAUGAGCUAUAUUCUCAAAAGAGCUGGCCUGGAUAAUAUGCUUAUACAGAGAACACAUUACUCGGUCAAAAAGAAACUAGCAAAGGACAAAAAUCUUGAGUUUAAUUGGCGUCAGCACUGGGAUCAUAACUCCACUAGUGAUAUGUUCUGCCACAUGAUGCCGUUCUACAGUUACGAUGUUCCGCACACAUGUGGACCUGAUCCCAAGAUUUGCUGCCAGUUUGAUUUCCUCAGAUUACCAGGAAGUCGAGCAAGUUGCCCCUGGAAUGUGCCUCCACGUAAAAUAUCGGCUGAGAACGUAGAGUCCAGGUCCUUGAUGCUGCUGGACCAGUACAGGAAGAAGUCCACGCUAUACCGGUCCAAUGUAGUCCUCAUUCCUCUUGGAGACGAUUUCAGGUGGGAUGGAGAGAAGGAAUGGAAUGAUCAGUAUACUAACUAUCAGAUGAUUAUUGACCAUGUCAACUCCAAUCCUAGACUCAACGCUAAAAUACAGUGGGGAACACUUACAGAUUACUUCAAAGCAGUAAGAGCUAAAUCCUUGGCUAAAACUGGAGAUGAGACACGAAUGUUCCCAACCUUGUCCGGUGAUUUCUUUACUUAUGCAGACCGAGAUGAUCACUAUUGGUCUGGAUACUUUACAAGCAGACCUUUCUGGAAAUCCAUGAAUAGGAUACUAGAGCACUACCUCAGGGGAGCUGAGAUCUUGUUCUCCUUGUCCUGGGCAGAGAUGGAAUACAUUGGUUCAGAUAAAACAGAUCUUGCCAAGGAAUGUAUUGCUAAAUUGGUGUAUGCUCGUCAAUCUCUAGGAUUAUUCCAACAUCAUGAUGGUAUUACAGGAACAGCAAAGGACCAUGUUGUGCUUGACUAUGGACAGAAAAUGCUUCUGAGUAUCAAGGCAAUGCAGUUUGUUAUUCAGCAGUCCACUAACUUUCUUCUUACAACUAAAAAACCUAACUAUACGCCCAGGACUGACACCGCCUACUUUGACCUAGAUGACCUAAGAUCUGAAUCCUGGUCUAUUCCUAAGAAAACUGUGAUUGACGUGGAUAACGCUGGUGGUUUGAGUCGGCUGGUUAUAUACAACAGCCAAGCUAGAAAACGGCAGGAGAUGGUCACUGUUCGCGUCUCUAGUCAUAAUAUAAAGGUGUAUAUGAUGAGUAAGAUUGAAGAUGAGUAUCAGGAUGGGGGUAGGGAGGAGGAGGAGGAGGUGGAACUACCCUGUCAAAUAUCUCCUGUAUUUAUCAAGGAUGGAGAAAUAUCUAACUCAGAGUACGAAUUGACCUUUCUAGCUAAUGUGCCUGCUCUGGCCCUGGAAACCUACUUCCUACGAGGGGUUGGAACUGAGGAGAGUAGAGUAGAGGAACUCAGUGUUCCUACAGUCAGGAUAAUUAACUCAGACAAGGAACCAUAUCAGAUUGCUCCGUUCUCUUCUGUAACUCUGAUGAAACCUGAACCAUUUACUUUGGCAAAUACAUACUUAAAGGCUAAGUUUGGAAGUACAGGUUUACUGGAGGGUUUAACAAACCUGGAUACUGGAGAAACUACUCCAACCCGUCUACAGUUUAUCAAGUAUGGAGCUAGGUCCCAAGGGGAGCGGAGUGGAGCCUACCUCUUCCUACCUGAUGGUCCUGGAUCCGUUGUUCAGUUCCAGGAUCCUGUCAUUAGGAUAGUCCAGGGCAAACUAAUGUCGUACGUUGAGGUAGUAUCUGCUUGGUUGACCCAUCGUGUUUUCCUGCUCAACUCCCCUGGAGUAGAUGGUACUGGGCUCAGUAUACAGAACGAUAUAGAUCUCACCUCCCGUAGGAUGGAUAACUCGGAGAUAUCAAUGCGGUUUACUUCAGGGAUAGAUUCCAAGGAUAUUUUUUACACGGAUCUAAACGGUUUCCAGAUGAUUCGGAGAAAACAUUAUUCUAAGCUGCCCCUUCAAGCCAACUGGUAUCCUGUUGCUACACUCAUGUAUAUUCAGGAUGAGAAGAAUAGACUGUCUCUAGUUUCCAGAUCUCCCCUAGGCGGCAGCAGUCUCAACUCUGGUGAACUGGAGAUAAUGCUGGAUAGAAGAUUAGCACAGGAUGAUAAUAGAGGAUUAUUCCAGGGGGUUCAGGAUAAUAAGGUGACUCGACAUCAGUUCUUCCUUGUUCUUGAGAAGCAGGUUGAAGGAUGUAUCGAGGAACCUGAAGGACCAGCUUCUUAUCCUUCUCUUCUAGUUCUUUCAAUCCGACACUCCAUACUUAAUCCAUUCUUCAGGUUGAUCUACCUAUCUGGGAAUGGUAACUCCUUGUCUACUAAGUAUACUGCUGUACACAAGGACCUGGAUUGUGAUAUUCAUCUUAUUAAUCUUAGAACAAUGACGUUUAAUACUUACAGUCCGACACCAAGUGAUAAAUCUGCUUUAAUCAUCCACAGACAAGGAUUUAAUUCCUGUUAUAAACCGGUGGGGCUAACCUGCCAAACAAGUGGGGGAAAGGUUAGUUUAGACGAAAUGUUCCCAACCCUGUACAGCAGUUCAGUUAACCAGGUGUCUCUCUCCUUAAUGUAUGAAGGGAUGAAGAUGGAGAAAGCAUUUACAGUUUCUAUCCAGCCCAUGGAGAUGUAUUCAUUCAUACUUUCCAGAUGAUCCAGACUACAAACCUUAGAGAGAUUACUGCAUUCACGUACAUUUUAGAGUCUGACAAUAAACAAGAAAGAAAGAAGAAAAUAACUUUCAUUUACCCACAUAAACUUAGGAAAAUGGGAUUUACCUGACAUUUUUAUACGAAUGUACAGGGUUACCCACUAAGGAUGAGACUGCAAAGGCGUCCUAAAACUUGUAAAAUAUGACUACCCUAAGGUUAAGUUAAGGUUUCUGCCUUGAAUAAAUUAUUUUAAUAGCUGAUAAAAGGAUUUAUUGAAGAAAGAAACAAGUAUAGAGUUGCAGGGAAUCAUGAAUAUAUAGGAAUACAUUUACAUUCUGUGCAGUCGUCACUCGUCUUUGAAGACUCAUCCUUUGUGUUUACCCUGUAACUAUAUUAGGAUAUUGUAUAUAUAUCCAUUUUAAACAUUACAAUAUGCAUGGUUACCGAAUUAUGAUUAUAAUGAUAUUUACAUAAAUGUGACAGCAUGACGAAUCCGCGAAACUGUCGAAAUAAAACAAACUGCAGAAAAUUGAA